AUGUCCUUCUAUGACGUCCUGGGACUUCAACAGAAUGCUUCGUUGGAAGACAUCCGCCUGGCCUUCAAGCAGAGGGCUCUUGAGGUCCAUCCGGACAAAGGCGGUACAAAGGAGGCUUUCCAUCGCGUGUACCAGGCCUUUGAGACCCUGGUGGCGAGGCAGAGGAGAGAACAAUAUGAUGCAUGGUUGGUUUCUCCUAAGGAACCAGCGAGCCAAAAUAGGAAGGAUUCCUUCGCCGAGAAAAGGCACAAGAAGCAGAAGCGCCAACCGCGCAGGCAGACCAAGGACUCCGAUAAGACUCGGUCAAACCCCCCGCACAUGCCUAAGCCUCAGCCGUCGAGUCGGUCUCGGCUUGCGAAGAUUCAGCGACUUCUUGGCCGGCUGUCUCGUGAGACCCGCCGGCAGGUGAUCUGCGAGCACUUCAGCCAGAAACAGCGGCUUCUCUUGGAAAAGUGGAUGUCUUCAAUGCCUGGGCCUGCUGCAGGUGAGACCAGAGACCGUGAAAGCGUGGACCCCUGUGCAGCUUUGCCUCACGAGGCGGUCUUGAAGAGCGACUCAAGACCCAGGGACGAGCAAUUCGGGGUACACCUUGCUUUACCUGACCUCCCGGCUAGAAGGUACCCCAUCAAGGCGAAACCGCGUGGAAGAAGCAAGGUGCGGGGAUUGGGUGCAGAGAAGUAUCCGAGCGGCUUGACUGCGUACACGGCCUGUGUAGGAAUUGACGGCGUUGUUGUAACUUCCCGCAAGUGUGACUUGCCGACUGCAUUGGACUACCUGGUCAUUCUGACCAGCAUGAAGGAGCGUAUCCAGCUUGGAGAUAACCUCGUGUCCCGCAUGGAGAACGCACUUUGCCUUGCGGCCAAGGAGCAAGGGAAGGAAUUGCACGAGCUGCAGCUGAACCUCAGCCUCCACUUCCGCCAUGCUUACUGGAUCGGCCGAGAAACCUUGUGCACACCUCGGUGCCACUCUUUCAAGGCACUAGCAGACCAUCGACAGCUCCUGGGCCCCUUCUUCCAGCGAAAGAGAUCUCGGGCUUGGGCGCACCUUGACCCCCAGGCUCUGCGGGAGCAGUGGCUGCAGUUCCAGAAGAUGUACCUGAACAUCUGCAGUUCACUUGGCAUGCAGCUCACCAAGGUGCGGCAGCGCCUCCAACGAAUGUACAGGGUCAACGCAGACUACCGCCAAGCCUUGCAUCGGCAUUUGGAGCGGAAAGCUAUGGCCAGGGAGGAUCCGCGCCGUUGGAGGCAGAAGCAGCCCAAGAUCACUUCCAGGCAGAGGCGGGCCCACGUCACACAGGAGCGGCGGGUCACGUUGCUGUCGCGACUGCUGAGGGAGUGGCAGUGUGUCAUUGACAAGGACGACAGGCUUCGAUCAGAACAGCAUCGGCGGAAGCGUAAGAGCACCGAAGACAGCAGGGUGAAUGCUGAUCCAGAAGCCCUUGAUAUCUCAGGAUUCGUAUCUGCUCUUGCAGCUGCCGAGGCGAAGGUCGUCAGCACGUCAUGUGGCUUCCUUGCUUAUUUUCAGCAGGCGCUGGCUGCAAAGACAGAGAAGGCGUUCAUCAGCUCAUCGUUGGUCGCUUUGCCGGGUUUACGUUCGCGUUUUCCUGACGAAGAAAUCAUGAUACUCACCUUCGAUGCCGAAAUACUUGGGUCGCCUGCUUACAGCACUGCCCUCGAUGGGUUUGCAGGUCCGGUAGUCGGAUUGGACAAGUCCAUGCACCUUUAUGAAGUAAUCUCCCAAGAUUUGGCCCACCUCGACUUCGAGCGUGCAGAGAUUGAAAUGGAACAAUUGGCAGCUGAAGCUUUAGACCGCUUCCCUGGUACUAAAGCUAUGUUGCUCGAAUGUACCAACCUUCCGCCGUACAAGCAUGUCAUCAGACGGCACUAUGCAGGUGAAAUCCAUGACUGCCUGACCACUCUGGAGGGUGUACAUACUGGACUGGUGAAGGAACGGUUUCUUGCCUGA